UUCAGUAUUUGUUUUGAGUUCGAAGACUUAACUACGCGCGAUAUCUGAAGUUAUCGGAAGACAAACAUACAUAUAUCUGAUUUGAUAAGCAGAGACAUAGAGACAGGAGCAAUGGCAUUUUCAUCUGGCUCUCGGUCUGAUUUUAGCGACAUUCAUGAGCGGUUGCAUCGUUUGUCAUUGCUGCGAUGCUGCGAUUGCUGCGAUUUCAAUUUGCAUGGAAUGACGAAUGAUUUAAGGGGCGAGGCCAGUGGCGAUUGGAGUGGCGGGAGUGGGAGUGGGAGUGGCACUGCCAGAAGCAUCAGUACCAACGCUACUGAAAUGCCAGGCAACAAUCAGCAUCAGAUUCAGCACCAGGAACAGCACCACCAGCAACGGCAUCGCAAUCACAAUCAAUUUGGACAGGGCCAGCAAUCCCAGCGGCAAUAUCCCAGCACCACCUACCACUCGAACCACCCACAGGCACUGGCAAAGUCACACUCGCAGUCACAUCACCAACCAUCCCCCCAUUUACCCCCAUGGCGUUACCAUGGCCAGGACCUGUUCUCUCCGAUUCGCGGACAUUAUGGGAGUUCGUCUAGCGCCGCCGCCGCACCACCAACUCCGCGCAGCGCCUUCCCCGGCGCCCCGCUAACCGCCUCAGCCGUCGCACUCAAGGGCGCCUUACCCCAGCGGCCACCGGCCAUGACCAGUCCCGCUGCCGCUGCCGCCGGCGCCGCCUUGGCCGCUGGUGCACCGUAUCGUGGCGCCGCCAGCUGGACCCCGCAGGGUUAUGCCCCGGCCGCUGCUGCCGCCGCCGCUGCUGUUGCCCAGCAGGCUGCUUACCGUUAUACGGCGCCGUUACCGCAACCGGCGUAUGCCGCCUACACGCCGCACACGGCCACCACUCCGGCCACAACCACGGUAAGUUUCAAAAGAAUUUUUUCGGUGGUAAACAGAAAAGGGAAACCCGGAAAAGAGGUAAGUGGACGGGGCUGGGAAAUGAAAUUGUCGCAGAGGUGAAGAGGAACGCCCCCCGGGAAAAAAGGCCUGCGCCACCUGCUCCCUUUUGUCCUGCUGCAAUUUGCCGUUUAAUUAUUCAACAAGGAUUUGUAUCCUUUAACUAUGUACCUUCACCACCCCACAUUUUCCGCCAAAAGUUAAAAGGGGCUGCCAAAUGGGCGUGGUCUGGCGGGGGAGGACGAAACAAAGCUCAAAUCACUUUGUUUGCCCUGCACUUAGGCCACGUUGCCGCACGGCUAUAAUCGGCUCAAAGUUAACUAACACAGACAAAAUAAAAAAAAAAAAAAAGAAAAGUUUGAAAAAAAAAAAAGUGUAGAGAGGAGGAAAAUGCUUCCUAUGCUCUGGGUUUCCGCCCACAUUUCCCACCCACUUGUCGCACAUUUUAAUUGGCAAUUUGGUGGAGACUGUCAGCAGGAGAUGAAGUGGGCGAAGGAUCUGGGGAAAACAGGGAGGACGAAAGAUUGAGGAGCAGCAGGAGCAGGAGCAGUACCAGGAGCAGCUCCUGUGUAACACAAUAAGCCGCGACAUGGCCCAGAACCUCCAUAACUCCUCACAGCCACACCACCCACAACAUGUGAGCAUAAACAAACAUUUUAUGCCGCCAAGCCACCACCCACCAUCCACCACCCAGCUGCCACAAGGCCAGCCACUCCCCCUUGCCACGCACGCUGGUAAAGCGAAAAUUGACACUUUUAACAAUUCGAAGGAAAAAAACUGUCGCCUGUCGAGAGUUUAACCCGAAAAAGGCAGCUGCAAAAAAAAGAACAAAAAAAGAAAAGUUUGGGGGCGGAAAACUCAAAAAAUUGAGGGAAAUCGAGUCGAAGAGGAACGGCAAGAUGAAAGCCAAGUGACAGGAGGCCAGGAUGCCAGGAGGGGAUUGGGGGCUAAAGAGUGGGUGGCGGCAAGACCUGAUACUGUGUGAUUCGUUAAGUGGCAUUCCCGUUAGUCAAAAGGCCAAAGCCCCUGGCAUCCUACAUCCUCCCACAUGCUGCUGCUCCUUCCUGCUCGUCCUGCCAACAUUUUAGCCCACUUGGACAUGGCCAAUUUACGCGUUGAUAAACUUUUUUUUUUUUUAUUUUUUGUUCCUCGUUGACGUUGUUAGUGAGUCUUGUUUAGAAAUUAAAAAAUUUUUGGAAAAGAACAGGACAACGAAUAAUGUCUAUAAUUUUAGGAGACAACCCCCGCACUCACCUUGAAAAAGGAUGGAAGUAAAAGGAUAUUUCUUUAGAUUUUAAUAUCAGAGUAUAGCCUUUAAUAUUGACUUUCAAAGAACUAAUAGUUAUAAACUCCUAGUUAUUUUCCAAUUAGUUGCAAUUACUAAACUUUUGAUAAGGUUGUAAGAUAACAGCUCCCUCUAAGAAUAGCCUCAUGUUAAAUUUGUUGUAAUUGAAGUGUAAUUUAAGCCGAGCAAUUUAGGUUUUUCCUGAAAAACGACCCAACCCAGAGUGAUUUCGUGGAAAUGUGUGGGCGAGUCGCGCAAAGAAAGGCACGUAGGGUGGACUGGACAUGAGAUAUGCAUUGGCUAGGCUGGGAGGGGGAGGGAUGGUGGGGGUGGUGGUGGUGGUGCUUAGGCGGGACUUUUGGUCACCCACCGGAUGUUCAUAAAUCACUUUUUGCACUGCUGCCGCUGGUGGUGCUGCUGGUGGUGGUGCUCUUCUGUUGCGCUUUUAAUGCUUGCUCUGGUGAUCAAAUUCAGAUUUGCUGUCAACCGAAACUGGUCUCCACCACACCACCACCCUCUAUACCACCCACACACACACUACCCACUCAUACAUACUCAAGUUACACACUUACACGGACACACCCUGCAUCGGUGUGACCCCCCCCGGAAAAUCUCAUGUGAACAUACAUAUAUGGGGCUAGGGGGUAUAUCGGUUUACAUUGAAUUACGCUUGACUGAUGACUGCCUCUUCCUCCCUGUCCAGUGGAAGUCAUAUUGGGGCAACCACCCCCUCUUCCCCUCUCCCCUUCUGACACCCACCACUUGCUCUGGGGCACACUUAAUGUUCAUUAAAUUUAUGAAAAUUUCAGCAAUGAUUUAUGAUUCUUUUGGGGGUGCCCGGGGUGCCUGCCGUCCCCGGACCUGCCCUGCCCUGCCCCUUCCUGGCGGAGAAUCGUUUUAAUGAGCUUCGAAGUCGAUACGAGCUCAAUUUAAUGGCUUUUCUAGGGAUUUCUCCUUUCCGAAGCUAUGAGCCUUGGUUAGAUGAAAGCAUUCCUUGAUUGAAUUAGUUUUAGCCAAUUUUUGUAUCACGUAUGGAAAAGGAUAUCGAGGUUAUAUGUAUACAAUUCCUUAAGAAUCUGUAUUUAACUCUUCAACCACAUACUCUCGUGAAUUUCCGGAGGAAGUGCAUAUUGGGGCGAUGCGAUGAUUAUAUCUUGGCCAAUUUAUAUCCCAAUCUUAAGCGGAAUACCUUAAAACAUUUAUAGAUUGAUUCUCCGCCAUUCUGCAUCCAAAUCUAUAAACAAAAAUUUUUCUAAAUUUUUUGUCAAAUUUUCUGGGGGAUCCCCUUCAAGAAUGAUGAAAAUCGCAUGGAAACCCCAUAUGAGCCACUGCGAAGGCUAUAUCUUCGCCAAAACUCAUCCGAUUCAUAAGCGGGAUACCUUAACCGAUUUGUGGAUUGAAUCUCCAUCGAUCUGCAUCAAAAUCUGGAUGCAAAUUUUUUUUUAGAUUUUUUGGUAAAUUUUCUGGGGGAUCCCCUUCAAAAUUUAUGAAAAUCGCAUGGAAGCCUCUUACAAGCCACUGCGAAGGCUAUAUCUUCGCCAAAACUCAUCCGAUUCUUAAGCGGGAUACCUUAAUCGAUUUUUAGAUCGAUUCUCCAUCGAUCUGCAUCAAAAUCCGAAUGAAAAUUUUUUUUAGAUUUUUUGGUAAAUUUUCUGGGGCAUCCCCCUUCAAGAAUGAUGAAAAUCGCAUGGAAGCCCCAUAUGAGCCACUGCGACGGCUAUAUCUUCGCCAAAACUCAUCCGAUUCCUAAGCGGGAUAACUUAAUCGAUUUGUGGAUCGAUUCUCCAUCGAUCUGCAUCAAAACCUGGAUGCAAAUUUUUUUUUAGAUUUUUUGGUAAAUUUUCUGGGGGAUCCCCUUCAAGAAUGAUGAAAAUCGCAUGGAAGCCCCAUAUGAGCCACUGCGACGGCUAUAUCUUCGCCAAAACUCAUCCGAUUCCUAAGCGGGAUACCUUAACCGAUUUGUGGAUUGAUUCUCCAUCGAUCUGCAUCAAAAUCUGGAUGCAAAUUUUUUUUUAGAUUUUUUGAUAAAUUUUCUGGGGGAUCCCCUUCAAAAUUUAUGAAAAUCGCAUGGAAGCCUCUUACAAGCCACUGCGAAGGCUAUAUCUUCGCCAAAACUCAUCCGAUUCUUAAGCGGGAUACCUUAAUCGAUUUUUAGAUCGAUUCUCCAUCGAUCUGCAUCAAAAUCCGAAUGCAAAUUUUUUUUUAGAUUUUUUGGUAAAUUUUCUGGGGCAUCCCCCUUCAAGAAUGAUGAAAAUCGCAUGGAAGCCCCAUAUGAGCCACUGCGACGGCUAUAUCUUCGCCAAAACUCAUCCGAUUCCUAAGCGGGAUACCUUAACCGAUUUGUGGAUUGAUUCUCCAUCGAUCUGCAUCAAAAUCUGGAUGCAAAUUUUUUUUUAGAUUUUUUGAUAAAUUUUCUGGGGGAUCCCCUUCAAAAUUUAUGAAAAUCGCAUGGAAGCCUCUUACAAGCCACUGCGAAGGCUAUAUCUUCGCCAAAACUCAUCCGAUUCUUAAGCGGGAUACCUUAAUCGAUUUUUAGAUCGAUUCUCCAUCGAUCUGCAUCAAAAUCCGAAUGCAAAUUUUUUUUUAGAUUUUUUGGUAAAUUUUCUGGGGCAUCCCCCUUCAAGAAUGAUGAAAAUCGCAUGGAAGCCCCAUAUGAGCCACUGCGACGGCUAUAUCUUCGCCAAAACUCAUCCGAUUCCUAAGCGGGAUACCUUAACCGAUUUGUGGAUUGAUUCUCCAUCGAUCUGCAUCAAAAUCUGGAUGCAAAUUUUUUUUUAGAUUUUUUGAUAAAUUUUCUGGGGGAUCCCCUUCAAAAAUGAUGAAAAUCGCAUAGACGGCCUACAUGGCCGCCAGUAAUGGCUACGUCUUGGUCGAUUAUCAUCAGAUUCUGGAGCUUCAUACCCUAAACAAUUUGUAGGUAAAACUGUAACAGAAGUAAAACCAAUUUGAAAUCAUUAAGGCACCAUGCAAGGAUGCCCAGGACCCUCCUGAGAAACGAGCACCAUUGUCGGUGCGAACAUCUUUUGUGAAUUAGCUGAACAUAACCCCUGGUAUCGCAGACAGACAACCUGGCAUUGCAUCGACUUCCGUCCAUCAGAGCAUUCCGUCCCACUCCACUUGGUUAAUCUGCAUGAGGUGCCGGGGCGGACUGCCCAUUCCCAUGCCCGAUAACUCCCUUAACGGUGAGUUGGGCACGCACGGAAUUAACCUGAACAUUGAAUCGGAUCGCCCUUUCCAGGCCGAGACCAUUAAGAUAUCAAUUUUAUGCAUGCCCACAGUUCCAGACUCGGACAAAUCCUCGGCUCAGUUGCCCAAUUUUGGGCUCAUACAUAGAAAUUAUAUAUUACCGAUUACAUACAAUUUAUGUGUCCUUUGUGUGUGUAUUGGGUGUGUGUGGAAGUUGGGGGUUUUUGGGGGCAAGUGUCUAAUUUAGUCCGAGACAUGACUUCAAAUGUCAACCAAUUGUUAGACCCCUCGAGCCGCCAUCUCGAUUUCUCCAUCUCCUAUACCAGUUAAUGUCCAUUAUGGAUGGAUGUCCAUUAAUGUUCAUGUUUUCAUGGUUAUGUUUGUCAUUAAAAUGGACAACACGCGCACACUGACACAACAGGAUAUCGCCCACACACACACAUACAUGACAUACACAUAACUGUGUUUGUUAUCGUUAUCGUAGGCAGUCAGUCCAAAAUAUGCUCCAAGGCAUCUGUUUAGUUGGUACAGUAGUUCAAAUGCACAGAGAAAAAUGAAGGCAAAAUCUCUAUUCCCAAUAUUUUAAAAUUCUAUUUAUUUUACUCUUUCCUGCAUUAAUUUUUCACCUUAAUCCCAUACCUGUCACUGUAUAACUAAACUAAUUUCCCAUCUCUCCAAUAACCUUGAAAGCUCUGGCCACACUUACAAGGUGAAAUGGCUUCAGCCCCCCUCGUUCCAUUCCCCCUUUUUGGACAGAUUGCCCCUCGCAACGGAUGCACUUAAUGCAAUUCCGCUUAUUUCUUGGCAAUUCUUGUAUUUUAUUCACAUUUUACACCUGAACAUCGCCGGCUCUGCCACUGCCACUGAGGGGUCCUUUGGAGGUGAAACGGGGUUAGGGUAGGAGCUACCCUAUCGCCUACACCACUGCUCUCGUUUCCAACUAUGCGGAAUUUUCUGCUUUGCAUAUUUUUCCCUCUGACUUGCCAAGACUUGCUACCUCCUCGUCCUUUUUUUUCUGUAUGUAUGUGUGUGAGGGAAAAUUCUCGCCUAGAGUCGGGAUAAUGAGAUUAUGAUGGAUACAUUCCUGCUCGCCUCCGUCUUAAGGUGGCUUUAGAAUUCCCUCAAGUUUGUGCUCUGCGGGGGAGGAAGUGGCGGCAAAAGGGCGAGGGCUUUGGGAAAAGCCGGCUGGAAAAUCCCUUCGGAUUGCUUGCUUAAUGGCCAAGUAUUACCGCAGGAUUGUCCUGGCAAAUUCUAAGUUCAAAAAGUCAAAAGUGGCCCGGGAAGUGGAAAGUAUUUAAUUUAAAUCGGUUCUCUCAUUUUUUUUAUCUCUCUCUCGGUGGAAACGCCUACAAUUUGCAGUGUAAUUCCUAUAGAACCUAAUCUUAACUUCCAGCUUAUCGCAAUGUUGUUCCAAAAAUAAACCCAACUCUGAAAUCGAUAAAAACGCCCACUCAUUCAAUAUUAAUAUUAGUAAUAAUUUGUAAUAAUUAUUUAAUAAACCUAUAAAUAUGUCAUAAUUGUCUUGAAAAUUUAAUAAAAUUCUGGAUAAAAGCGGAUAAAAAUUGUGGAUAAAAAUCCCCAAUUAAAUCACAGAAGGAAGAAGAGGGAAUGAUAAACUUGGUCAUUAACGGUUAAAGCUUUUAUCUUGAACUUCCAGCAGCCUACACACGCUCCAUACAUAAUUCCCCUUUCUGCUUACCCAUCCCUAAUACCACCCCCUCCCCCCCUCGUUUUUCGCACAUGUUUACUUAUUUAUUUGGAUACACAUUUAUAUUUAUUUCCUUUCGGCUGCGAUAAUUUUUUGCUCUGCCGCUCUGCUGCUGCUCUGCCGGUCUGCUGCUGCUGCGGCGGCGUUGACAACAAUUGCCAGCGAUUGACAGGCGACAUGCAAUAAAAAUGUUUGUCCGGCACAGAUGUGGCCAAGUUAUUAGUAUUAAUUCCAUUUUAUGUUGCUAUAAAAAUAUUAUGGCUACUAGUAUAGUUCCCUUAUAUUUAUUUGAUUCCAAUUCAUAAAUCAAUUAAUAUUAAAGAACUAUAAAACUAUGAUAUAUUUUGACCAUUAUUGGUAUUACGAAUUGGAGUUACGGGAUUAGUUGUGGUUUAGACCACUUCCUUUGGACUUCGGUCAGUCAGCGGCAGAUUUAACCGCAAAUUGAUGAGCCUCUGAGAUGCUGGUUGGCUUUCUCUGCCGACGUCGCUGUCGCUGCCGCUGUCGACGUCACGAGCAGUAACUACCAUCAGUGAACAAUGAAGGUAGAAAGGGGAGUGGCAGGGAGAGAAGGCGCAAAGUAGUUACGACUGAUAAGAAAAACGAACGUAUGAUGAAUAAGCAGGGAGUGAAAAAAGGCCAAAUAAUGGGCAUUUAAUUUCUAGACGACCUGCAAUCGAAUGGAAAUGGAAAUGAAAAUGAAAAUGGAAUGAAAUGGGGCAGAAGAAGUACAAAGAAUAAUAGUUAUUAAAUAUUAAAAAAAAUUAAAUCAUAAAUUUUUAAAGAGAAGUUUUUUUUCUACCAUAUAACAAAAUAAAAUAAUAUUAAUUUUAUAUAAAAUUGAUUUUUUUAAGUGUAAAAAUAAACAAGAUGCUAUGCGAUAAAAUAAGAGAAUAGCCAAGUCAAUGGGAAUGUGAAUUAGAAUGGGAAUCGGAAUAGGAGGAUGGAUAAAAGGAUGGAAGGGGGGGGGGGGGGGGGGGAGUAUCGGUUGGGUCACAGGGAAAACUAGAAACUCUCGAGCAACAGUCCAACAGCGGUAGAAAAACAAGAACAAAAAGAAUCCAACUGGCAGAACAGUUGAGCAAACAGUAAAUUCCAUUAGAAAAAGAGGAAGAACUACCAGUAACAGCAACAGCAACAACAGCGCAGCGGCGGCAGCGGCAGCAUCUUCUUCCGGCCAUAAGAGGAGAGAGAGGGAGAGAAAGUAAGGGAAAAGAGGAUGCCGCUGCCGGCGUCGCUGCUAUUACUGUAAUCGCGACGCCGCUGAUAAUGUAUUUUAUAUACACGUAUCACAUGUGUGUUUUUAUUUUAUUUUAUUUUAUUCUUUUUUUUUUUUUUUGCCGCAUUCACACCCCGCUGCGUUGGCGCUGACGUCGACUGCGAGACGGCAACGGCAACGGCAACGGCGACGGCGACCAGCAUGAAAGUGCAGGAGAAAAGGGAGAGAGCGAGAGGUGUUUAGGAGGCGGGGGCGAAGAUGCCGCAAGCCGAUAAAAAGGCAGGCAAAGUCGCAAUUUUCCCCCGCAUAUGUGUGUGAGUGUCGGUCUUUUCCAUAUGGGCGCAUUUAUACGCGUUCGUUUUCAAUUGAAAAUUUUCCCCCGGCUAUAGCCCUCUCCCUCUUCUAUAUUCUCUCUCUCUCUCUCCUCGGCCGAUUCGUUUGUUUUGCUAUUAUCAUGGUUGUUUCUGUUCCCUCAUCCAAUCCACCCCCUCAUUCCAAUCCCCUAGCCCACAUGCAAGAUUUCCUUUUUUGCCAACGCAUUUUGUCUUUUUUUCUUUUAUCAGCUGAUUGUAGCCCCCUCCCUGUCGCACCUUUUAACGCGAAUAAAAUGUAAGCCAUAAAAUUGCUUUUUUUUAACCCUAUUCCCCCCUUUUUUUUUUGAAUUGCUUUAUCAGCGGCUUUUGGGCUGAUUUGAUGUUUUGUUGGCCCUAUUGUCGAAAUAAAUAUUAAAAUGUGUCUUGAUUUAAAAUUUUAUUUCGAUUAGAAUGGAAAGAUCCGGGCUUGGUAGCGUCAUUACGUCUAUGGGAAUCCCCCCGGCUUCUGGUUCCCUUACCAAUUGAUCAAUUAACUAAUUGUCGAUCAAUCAGUGGGGAAGUAUUCUUAAAAAGUCAAAGAUUCAUUUAGGUCUCUGGCAAUUCCACUGUGCGGCGGUUAAACUUCACUAGAGACUAAAAAAAAAUAAUAAAAACUAUUGAAAAAGUGGGUUAACCAAAAGAGAAUUCAAAACAAUAUUUAUUUUUUUUAAUUUUUCUAUAAACUUUUCAGUCUCGGCUGGAAAAUGAUUCAAGGCAGACAGGUGGCAUGGUGGGGAUGAUGGCUUGUGGUGCCGAUUUAAUAGUUUUUUUUUUUUUUUUCUCACUCAUUGCUCGUGUUUCCCCCCUUUUAUGAUUUAUUUUUUUAUGGGCGCCACAAACACAACUGAAAUUGGCCCAAAAGCCGCCAAAAACUGAAGAUGAGAAGCGACUGAAAUUGACGACCUGCCCAUCAGCUGGUUGACUUUUUAAAAAGGGGGGUGGUGGAAGGGGGAAGAUGGCCAAUACAAGUUUUCAAAUUUUUUCUCACGAUGCCAAACCACUUGUUUUUAAAUAGGUGCCAUAGUACAGUGGACACUCUCGAUAAUUAGAUACUUAAUUUUUAAAUAUUGCUAGUAAUUUUUUUAGAAUAAAUUAGCCGAAGGGAAAAUAGGGAAAAUAUGAAGAAUGAAGUAAUCUUUGUUUUUGUUUUUUGCCAGCAGAUAACUUUCUUCUCCACUGUGCGAAUUUUUUUGUGAUUAGUUCUUCUUCUUCUUCUCGCCGUUUUUUGGGUGGUGGCGCUUUGCUCAGCAUUUGGCAGAGGCAGAGAAGUGACUGCGACGCCCGCAGAAGCAGCAACGCUUGUGGCAUCGACGCCGGCAGCAGCAGCGUUGACUCAGACGUUGACGUCAACAGCGUUGGCGCUCUCUCAGCCAUUUCCAUUACUCUCUCCAGUGCUCUUUACUUGGCUUUUUUGGGGAAAAUUCACCCCCGCCGCAAAAGAAAAUUGAGUUUUCCGGAAAGGGAAGGAGAUACCAAGAGAGAGAGAGAGAGAGAGAGGGAGAGCGCCAAAGUGGAGUUCCGCUUGCCGGCGCUUUUCUACAACUAUUUGCCAUUUUUCUCUCUCACUCUCACUAUUCCCGCAUUCCUUGCCUUAUCCAUUCAUUCAUACGCGUCAUGUUCUUUCUGCGCAUGCUUCGGGGCUCUGCCGCUGCACAGUGGGUGUUGUCUGCAGAGGAGUUUAUAAAUAUUAUAUAUUAAUAUUUAAGAAAACAGUUUCUGAAGUAAUAGUUUUGCUUGAAACUCCUCUCUUUGUCUGUGAGAUUUGAAGCGAAAUUACUGGUGGUCCUCUCUCAAUGCGAACGCAACCACUGUGACGUGCGGCCGCUGCCGCCGCCACCACCUCUGCCGCCGCCACCGCCGCAGCCGGCAUCGACGUCGCGUUGUUUGACUUUGCCGCAGCUAGCUUCGUUUCAUUUCAUUUUGAUUUUAAUUUUCGUCGUGGUUAGUUCGCUGAGCGCGAAGUUGUUCAGAGAUUGUCCGCAACUAUUCCUCCUCCGUUGAGAUCAGCUGCUACAAGCAACAACAACAGUACCAACAAUCUUAUAACUGUAGUUCCCGUCUCUAUUGUCGUUUGUUGUCCGUGCGUGUGUGUGGGUGAGCUUAAAGCUGACGAACGAAUCAAAACGAAACAGCAAAAAAAUAAAUUAUAGAAAAAAUUUGUAAAUUAAAUGAGAGCGAGAGAGUCGGCCAGUGAAAUAUUAUCGUAUCGUACGUGUCUACCUCUCUUUGUGUGCUUGUGUGUAUAAAAAAAAAAAAUAUAUAUAUAAAAAUAGCAAUAGAAAGUUAUUAAAGCGUUUGCAAAAAAAAAACCAAACAAAAACAACAAAAUCAGCGAACAGCGCGAGGAAGCGGAGAAUCGGAGAAGAAAAUAGUUAAAGCUUGCGUCUCAGUCGCAGUUGCCGCUCUGCCAACGUCGCUGCCAGCGUCGCACUUGAAAACGUCGCAAAAGUUUGUAAACAGCCGAAAGCUUCCACACACGUGUGCGUGUGUGUGAGUGCGUGCUUAGAAAAAAAGAAAAGAAGCCGCA